AUGAAGUCGAAACACCAAUGCAGUUCUGUUAGCCUGACGGCACUCAUCGUCACUCGAGGUGAGGAGUUUGCAGAGGACAUGAAGUUUGACGACCAUCCUCACUCUCCUGUCUCUACGCCACAAAUGCCUCCUUCAAAGCGCCGUCGAACUGGCAUCUCCUCUUGGGAUCGCCAUACCCCUAUCUCAUCAGUUCUCGAAGAUAUACCCCCAGCAUCCCCUUCUACCUCGAUCUCUUCCGAUAGCUCCGGGGAGCUGCCAAACUCGCCUCUGACACUUGCUCUCAUCGGCGGCGGCGUUGAAGACGACUACAGUGGCCAGGGGAAGGACCAAGUCACCGUUUGCCAAUGGGAAGGAUGUGAUGCGAAUGAUCUAGGGAACAUGGAUGCGCUUGUAAAACAUAUACAUGAAGAUCACAUCGGAUCUCGACAAAAGAAAUACCUAUGUGAAUGGAGCGAUUGUGCGCGGAAAGGCCAGACUCAUGCCAGCGGAUACGCAUUGCGAGCGCACGUGAGGAGUCAUACCAAGGAGAAGCCUUUCUAUUGCACUCUGCCAGAAUGCGAUCGUAGCUUCACGCGUUCGGAUGCCCUUACAAAGCACAUGCGAACGGUUCAUGAAACAGAUACACUUCGCCCUACAGAUACCACUGCAAAAGGGGCCAGUGGAACUGCUACGGGCGCAACUAGAACACCCCAGAAUCAAACUAAAACUCACCCAGCCAGCUAA